AUGCCCUCCUCUCGCCUCCUGUACCACCCCCUCCGAACCCCCCUCUCCCGCCCCCUCUUACACUCGACCCCCCGUUGUUUCAGCACCACCCCCCUCAAACCCCUCAUAUCCGACGCCAUCCUUGCCGACCACCGCGUCCUAGAACACAACUACAACCAAAUCCUCGCCGCCAAGUCUCCCGACGAAAAAUCCCGCUGGCAGAACCAAUUCACCUGGGACCUCGCCCGACACUCAAUCAGCGAAGAAAUCGUCGUUUACCCAGCCCUCGAGACACAUCUUUUCCGGGGUAGAGAUAUGGCGGAUAAAGAUCGAGUGGAACAUAAAGUCGUAAAAGACCUCCUGUACAAAUUCCAAAGUCUCUCCCCAACCUCCCCCGAAUUCCUCCCGACUAUCAAAGAGCUCUGGGCCAAUCUAGCUACACAUAUUAAGGAGGAAGAAGAACAGGACUUACCUGCGCUCGAAAAAACACUUCAUAGGGAUGAGUCAGAUAAGAUGGUCGCGUCGUUUGAUCGGACGAAGAGAUUCAUUCCGACGAGGAGUCAUCCCACGGCGCCGGAUAAGCCGCCGUUUGAAACGGUGGUGGGAUUGAUGGCUGCGCCGAUGGAUCGGUUGAUGGAUUUGUAUAGGAAGUUUCCGGAGCAACGGACCUAGAGAGGGGUUUUGUUGGUUAGGUGGCUUGGUUUGGUUUGUUUAAGGCAAAAGUAUGAGUGUCGUAUUUUUUUGUGUGGGAAUAGGUUGAAGUGGGAUGAGGCAUACUCAUUUGGGUGCCGUAUUCGGGACAAUGAUAGGUGGAAUGGCGCUUAGUCUGACCUUCCAUGGGAUAGGGAUAGCAUU